CGGCGAGAGCCAGGAGCCUUCCAGGGCGAGAGCCGCCGCCUCCCCCUCCCCUAAGCCAGGCCAGUUCUGUGGCAGGCGCGCAGGCGGCGGCGGCAGCAGCGCCUCUGUCAAUCAGGCGGACUUCCCUCCCGCACGCCCUGCGCUUUCCAGCUCGCCGCCUCCUGGUGUCUCUGCUGCCUUCCUCCUGCAGCCGAGGAGAGCGGCCGCUUGGUGAGCGCCGGCGGGAGAGGAGCGGAUGCGCCAGGGCCAGGACCCGCGGGGCUGAGGUUUCCCCGCCGCGGGCAAGAGGGCGGGGCCGGCUGCCCUCCAAUGUGGCCGGAGCCCCAUGCAGGGAACUUUCGGCUGGCUCCUAAGGCUGGGCUCGGGCUGCGCGACGCCUGCGAUGGGUCCUCCAGCCGGGAUCGCCUCGCUUCUCGCCUGCUGCUGCUGGGCGCUCCUUCUGGCCCCGGGUGCCCCGCGGAGUCCCGGGCAGAGAGAUUAUCUUUUGGGAGAUCUAGAAGAAUACAGGCUUGUCAUCCCAACUAGCACAGACUUGGAGGGCAGGUUCCUCUCCAAUGUGGUAUCAGGAGCUCCAACGAGGCGCUCCCGAAGGGACACGGGGGCUCUUCUGCAUGAAGUUGCAAGCAAACCAAUUUUUUACAAUGUCACUGUGUUUGGAAGAGAAUUUCACUUUAGACUGAGACCAAAUUCUAGGCUGGUGGCUCCUGGAGCAACUGUUGAAUGGCAGGAGGAUUCCAACAUCACUUAUACUGAACCUCUCCAUGGGAAUUGCCUCUAUGUUGGGGAUAUCACCAACAUGCCUAAUGCUUCUGUUGCAAUAAGCAAUUGUGAUGGGCUGGCUGGCAUGAUUCGCACAGACAAGGAUGAGUUCUUCAUUGAACCUCUGCAGAAGGGGAAGCGGGAGGAGGAAGAAGGGAGGACACACGUGGUGUAUCGCAGGGCAACUGCCAAGAAAACACUUCCCAGCGAGUACCCAGAUAUCCAGUAUAGAGAGGCUGAUCUAAGCAAUCUAGAUAGCAUGGUGCACCUCUUGAAGGAUGAAAUCAGUACCUCAAGAAGGAGGAGGAGAUAUCCAAGGCAUGCUGCUGACGAUGAUUACAACAUUGAAGUGCUUCUAGGUGUUGAUGACUCAGUUGUAGAAUUCCAUGGGAAAGAACAUGUUCAGAAGUAUCUUCUGACGCUGAUGAACAUUGAGGUCAAGAUAGCAUACAUGGUUCUUUCCCAUUGUAUCUUCUUCACACAACAACCCUGUGAGGUUAAUGAAAUCUAUCAUGAUGAGUCCUUAGGUGCCCAUAUUAAUGUUGUCUUGGUGAGAAUCAUCAUGUUGAGCUAUGGGAAAUCCAUGAGUUUAAUUGAGAUCGGUAACCCUUCUCAGAGUUUAGAGAAUGUGUGUCGCUGGGCCUAUCUACAACAGAAACCUGAUACUGGGCAUGCAGAAUAUCAUGACCAUGCAAUUUUCCUCACAAGACAGGAUUUUGGCCCCUCUGGUAUGCAAGGCUAUGCUCCAGUUACUGGCAUGUGUCAUCCAGUCCGAAGUUGCACACUUAACCAUGAAGAUGGCUUUUCUUCAGCAUUUGUUGUAGCCCAUGAAACUGGACAUGUAUUAGGCAUGGAACAUGAUGGUCAAGGGAACAGGUGCGGGGAUGAAGUCCGGAUGGGAAGUAUAAUGGCUCCUCUUGUCCAGGCGGCAUUCCAUCGCUUCCAUUGGUCUCGAUGCAGCCAGCAGGAGCUAAACCGAUAUCUGCACUCCUACGAUUGUUUGCGUGAUGACCCGUUUGACCACGACUGGCCUUCCCUUCCUCAGCUGCCAGGAAUCCACUACUCCAUGAACGAGCAGUGCCGAUUUGAUUUUGGUUUGGGCUACAUGAUGUGCACAGCUUUCCGUACUUUUGAUCCGUGCAAACAGCUAUGGUGUAGUCAUCCCGAUAACCCUUAUUUCUGCAAAACAAAGAAAGGACCUCCAUUGGAUGGAACCAUGUGUGCUCCUGGAAAGCAUUGUUUUAAAGGUCACUGUAUCUGGUUAACUCCAGAUAUCUUGAAGCAAGAUGGAAACUGGGGGGCAUGGAGUAAAUUUGGUUCCUGUUCUCGAACCUGUGGAACGGGAGUGAAAUAUAGAACACGGCAGUGUGACAACCCACACCCAGCUAAUGGAGGUCGCACAUGUUUUGGGCCAAGCUAUGAGUUCCAGCUUUGCAGCAUACAUGAUUGUCCUAAAGAUUAUGAAGAUUUCAGAGAGGAGCAGUGCAGACAGUGGGAUCCUUAUUUUGAGUAUCAGAACAUGAAACACCACUGGCUCCCAUAUGAGCAUAGUGAUGCCAAAGAAAGAUGCCACCUCUACUGUGAGUCAAAGGAAACUAGUGAUGUUGUGUAUAUGAAAAGACUGGUGCAUGAUGGGACACGGUGCUCAUAUAAGGAUUCUCAUAGUAUCUGUGUGCGAGGGGAGUGCCUGAAAGUCGGUUGUGACAAGGUAAUCGGCUCGUCAAAGCAAGAGGACAAGUGUGGUGUGUGUGGUGGAGACAGCACCCAUUGUAAAGUGGUGAAAGGCACAUUCUCCAGGAUACCAAAGAAACAAGGUUACAUAAAAAUGUUUGAAAUCCCAGCAGGUGCAAGGCACUUGCUUAUACAAGAAUCUGAUGCCUCCAUUCAUAAUCUUGCUAUCAAGAACAGAGAAACGGGGAAAUUUAUUUUAAAUGAAGACAACUACAUUCCAGAUUCCAAAGUGUUUGUUAACAUGGGUGUGGAAUGGGAAUAUCGGAAUGAUGAUGACAGGGAAAUGGUGCAAACGAUGGGCCCGUUACGUAAUGGAAUCACCGUUCUGGCAAUUCCUCAUGGUAAUGUCAAGAUUUCACUGACGUACAAGUACAUGAUCCACGAAGACUCCUUGAAUGUCGACAACAACAAUGUUCUGGAAGAUUCAGCAACAUAUGAGUGGGCCUUGAAAAAAUGGUCACAGUGCUCAAAACCCUGUGGAGGAGGUUAUCAGUUUACAAAAUACGGUUGUCGGAGGAAGACUGACCACAAGAUGGUUCAUCGCAGUUACUGUGAGUCCAUCCAGAAACCAAAGCCCAUUCGCAGAGUGUGUAAUCUUCAGGAAUGUUCCCAGCCAAUAUGGGUUACAGGAGACUGGGAACCUUGCAGCAAAACUUGUGGGAGAACAGGAUAUCAGGUACGUUCUGUCCGAUGCAUCCAGCCGCUGCAUGACAACACAAACCGCUCUGUUCAUACCAAGUAUUGCAACAGUGAUCGCCCGGAGGGCAGGAGGGUUUGCAACCGGGAACUUUGCCCUGCACAAUGGCGUAUUGGACCCUGGUCACAGUGUUCAGUAACCUGUGGUAAUGGUACUCAAGAAAGACAAGUUCUGUGCAGGACAAGAGAAAAUGUUAUUGGCUUCUGUAAAGAAGACAAGCCAGAGACAGUAAGGUUCUGCAAGCUACCUUUGUGUCCCAAAAAUUCAUCAGAUACAUCAAAGAAAACUUACAUGAUACAAUGGUUGUCAAGACCAGACCCAGAUUAUCCUAUCCAGAAAAUAUCUUCAAAAGAACAUUGUCAAGGAGACAAGUCAAUGUUUUGUCGCAUGGAAGUUCUCUCUCGGUACUGUGCAAUUCCUGGUUACAAUAAACUGUGUUGCAGGUCUUGUAAUAUGUACAGUAACAAAACAGGAAGUGGAAACUCAACAGAAUCCAACCAUAGUAAGGUGAAUGAUAUUGAAGAGGAUAUCACUCCAACACUUACAACACCUGUUGAAGCUCACAUCCCACAUACUACUUCAGGUCCACCAAUUGUUUCCAAGGCAAACAUCACCAGUUCCAAUGCAACUGAAGAUCAGCCGGAAGGUAACGCAGUGGACGUUCCAUACAAAAUCCAUGGACUGGAAAAUGAAGUGCCACACCAGAACAUUAUUUUGAGGAGGAGACUACGUUACGAAAGGACAAAGAACCAAAGAAUUCAAGAGCUGAUUGCUGAAAAAAGGAAAAAAGAAAUGCUCAGGAAAUUACAUUAAAAUAGAAAUAUAACACAAAGAUUUUUCCUCUCUUAUAGAGAUGUUACCAACGCUGCAGUAAUGUCCGUGUCAUCAUAGAGACUAGAUACAAAUAGUGGUGCUAUGGCAGAAAUGCCAAAUGCUAUAGCCUGCAAUAAAAGGAAAUUUAGGAUUAUUUAAGUUAAUAUAAAUGUUGUAAUAAUGGCUAGGAUUACAAGAUGCCACAGAUACUAGUGCAAUAUCCUCAUAGGUUUUGCUGCUACUUAGCAGUGCUGCCUAGAUCAGCAAGGUUCUUACUUUCUGUGGGCUCUCUUGCUCCCUCAGUGUGUCUUCUUGAGUCCAAUAAUUAAGAGGAGAUUGUAAUAGCUUGACUGAAAUUCCUAAGUAAUGUUUGAAAGCCUAUUGUACAGCGGAUAGAACCUCAGCUUCAGGUAAGCAUAUGUCUGCUUUAAAAAAAACAACAACCAACCAUUCAGGUCUUAAAUAUUUGGAAAUAAGUUCAUUUGAUUUCAGUGGAACUUAUUUCAAAGUCGGUGUGCCAAUUUUGCCUGUCUUUUCAUUGAAUUCAAUGGUGCUAUUCCCAUACUCAGGCUGCAACAAAAAAUACCACAGCAAGAUAAAGGACCUAAUUUAGAUCCUGUUUUAGGAAUCAAGCAUAAAUACGUGAUUUCUGUUAACCACUUGAAAAACAAAGUAGGUAAGAAGUGGUGCUACUUACUGUACAAAAGCUGGCUGUGGAGGGAGUAUUCUUCAGAGGUGGUAUAAGAAAGCAAUAUCUACAAAAUUAUACUACUACAUACAAUACAAGGCAAACCCAAGUAGCUUUUAACAUUCUCAUUCUUGCAAAAUAAAAACUUUACAUGCAAGUGUGGGAGGUUGCCCGAGUAAAAGCCAUCACAUAGCCUGCUUUGUUUUAUCUCAAACUUAGGGACCAGUACAAUAAUCAAUAUUAAUCAAUAUACCAGCCCCCAUCAACUUCAGCUAGAGAAGUCACACACUAAACUUUAGCAACAAAUUCUGAAAUAGUAGCAUUCUUGGAAAAAAUAUUGAACAUUAUUAACAUACUGACUCACUGGAUCAACCCAGAUUGUUCCAGUCACCCACAGUUUCAAGGUUUUUAUUUGUUUUCAAAUAUCUGCAUUUCAUAGUCUUAAAUGCUUGCAGUGCAAUUACAACAGUGUUUUAACAAUUUCCCCCAGCUUUUACCUAUAUUGUGAUUAAUUCAAAUUACUGGAUUUCCCUUUCAUUUCAGUUGGUGCUUUUUGUGAAAAAUGUAGCUUUUUUAUUCCAUUUUCUACGGUGCAAUGUUAUGUCAUUGGGGUCGUGAACAACUUGGGUUUUUCACAGUUCAUUAGGAUAGCUGUACUGUAGCAGAAACAAAUGCAUGUCAUUAUGCAUAUAUAUAUAUAUAUACCCAGUAUGGAAUCUGCUUAGAUCUUAGCAAUAUAUAGUUUGACAGCCCUUUGAGUACUGGUUUCAUCUCACACACCACUUUCUGAAAGGUUGCAUGGAUGUAAGUAGCAUCACAGUCUAUUUGCUGGUCAUUCUGUUCAAAGGCAAAUGUAUAGUGAGAUCCUAACCACGUUUAUUCAUAAGUAAGCCAGCCAUUGGGACUUACUAAGAAGUAAGUGUGCUUGGGACAGCAGCCUUAGAAGAGUUAUUCAAAAUCAUCCAUAUUGAGUAGAUAGGGAUUUAAAGCUUGAGCCAGUUCUGAAAAAAAAGUUUUCCCAUCAAUUUAACUUGAUAAUGGAAUGGAUCAAACUCUUAGGUAUACCUGAUAUUUUUACAAUAUAUCUGGUGGCUGCAAGGGAAAGUAGCUGAGCACAGGGACACAUUUCAGCCACUAUUGCUAAUGGUUCAGAGGCUGCAUGGACUGAAAAGCCACUUCCUGCUUCUGUAUGUGUGUGUGUGUGUGCGCGCCCUUCUUUAUCUUAUCACUUCCUAGGAUAUGAAUGCUCAGUAGUUAAUGCAAGAUUCUUAAUGCUAUUAUUUCCUUCAUAAUCUAACUGAAAAAUAGCUCCUUAUUACUGCAAGUAUAGACCCCAAAUUCCAGAGGCAAUUUAUUAUGCACACUUUUAACUUUUCAUUGAUAUGCAGUGACUAACUUUAUAGUUUGGAAGUUGGUGACAGUUAUUCAAAACCAUCCAUAUUAAUGAGUUUCCAUUUCAACCAGAUCUCAUGAGACUAGUCCGUGGAUAUCUUAUAAUUAGCCACAGCAGUCUUUUGUAUCCACUGGAAAUAAAAAUUUGGAAUGCUAUAAUAUCAUAGCAUACAAUAUAGAAUGGACUUCACAUUUAAGCUAUAGAUGUUUCCCUUUUAAAAUGUAGUGAUCAUCAUCUAAUUCUAGCCACAUGUCAACAACUACUGGCAUAGUAAUGUGGAUGCACGUUUUCACCUGGAUUAGCUGCUUAUAUCUAAGCCUGCUUCUGCAAAGACAUCUUUCUUGGGAUUGGAAUGACUGUCCACUGAAUGAAGAUAACAUUCCAUCAUACAGCACUAUCAUAGUAGAACAUAAGUGAACAUGCUGUAAACAGUAAAUAUCUCAAAACCAUAGGCAGGUAGUUGUCUGAAACUGUAGAAUUCAUCUGAAAGACAUGGAUUUGCUUCUUUUUUGCCAAACAAUAUGAAUUUCAUUGUCUCAUUGAGUCUUUGUCCCCCUUUCAUGCAUUCUUAAGAGCAAUUCCUGUUAAUAUACUUCCAUGAACACCCCCCUCCUCUGAAAAAAAUGUCUUUUUCUAAUGGCAGUCUAUUUAAUGAGAGAAGCCUAUUAGCAGUAUCUGGUGUCUUUCCAGUGGGUCUUGGUAUACACUUAAUCUUGAUUUAAUUUAGAAGUUUCUCUCUCUCUCUCUACCUGCACCUCAAAAGAAAAUACAAUAACAUACAUAGGAUUUAUCUUUCAUUCACUAUAUAUAUGUCAUAGUAAUCUGAAAUAUAUGAAGAAAUAAAUCCAUAUGAAACCCAGUUAUUUUCACUGAAACUUCCUAAUGAUAUAGGAAGUAAUUAGGGACAAAUGUUAGCAAUGUGAUUGCCUCAUUUUUCUGGAAAGCCACCCACCAACAGAAUACUUUGUAGCAUAAUAUUCUGCAGUUGCUUCAUGGCAAUAAAGGCAAUUUUAUACAUUUAUAAAGUGACUUUUGAUCUGUAUAGGCCUUGAUCUAGGGCCAUAUGUGAAUAACUUCAGAUGCCCAGUGGGGCAUUCCUCUGUCAUACCAAUCCCACCCCACUUUGUAUUGUAGGUGGCUUUUAAAACUUGGAAGAGCUUUUAAGUGCAGUUUGCAAUACACAUCAAAAGCUUCAAUUAGGCAAAAAGUGAAAAGGGAGCCUGCCAGGGCAUGCUCCUCCACAUGCUGAAAUGGCUAUUGUAGGCUUAUAGCCUUCAUUCAUUUGGGAGUGGGAGGAGCAGCAUUGGGUGAUCUGUAUUCAAGUAGCUCCGCUAUCCUUGGUAUUCUUUGCUUGAGCAACGGUUUCCCUAUCAUCCUGCUCUGAUGGGGCAUGGGGCAUUAUAAAUCUUCUUGUUGCCCUAGUCUAAUUUUGCAUCUCAGGUUUUCCCAGUCCAUUUCUUACAUUUCUGGCUACUUUUUGCUUGCAAAACUGAUAUACUAGGAAUAUAUCAUAGCAACACAAAGGCUGCAGUCCAAUACACACUUACCUGGGAAUAAAUCCCACUGAACCCAAUGGAGCUUACUUUGGAGUAGACAUGUAUUGGAUUGCAACCAAAGUUUCCAUGAUGCAGCAAAGAGCUUUGGUCCCUUUCAAAGCUGUAUGGUUGGUAGAAGUGUGACAGCAGGUGCUGGGGAAAGCAUCACCAGUUAGAUUCUUGCCUAUUGUCCUGCUUUUAAAAGGUAUAGGAAACCAGCCGGGGGGGACGGGACACUGCAACUGUAUACAAGUCCUACAGUGGGGCUGUCCAGUAACACUGGACCACAUUGCCUGCUAAGUGAUUACUGCUUCACUGUUAAUGAAUCUGAAUGUCUACAGCUACAAACAUUGAGAUUAUUUUCUUCUUCAUGUUAUUUCUUCUGUGGAACACAUCCAGAUCUGCUUCCUCUUCACCUUUUCCCUCCUCACUCCUCCAUCUGAAGUUUUGCUCUGUUUUGUGUGAGCAGGGAACUGUACCCUGACACCCCCUCCCCCAAAAAAUCCCUUUUCUUCUGAGCAGCAGAAGCUACUGCUGUGGUGGUGGUAUUUUCAUACUUGCCAGCAUGUUGACAGUAUAAAGAUAAUUAGUUAGUAAUUCAUAUGGAUAAACAUACAUAAUAGAAAUGGAAGUGGCCUGUAAAGGGGAAACCACAGGUGGCCGGGACAGAAGCAACUGUCUGAUGCCUGGCCUAGAGCACUACUUGAUUUCUCUUGCGCUGGAAUAACUGGCUUGCGUACUGUUCAGUGAAUCUUCAGCAAAUGGGUUGUUUACUGUAUUGUAAAGCAUGCAAUGUCUUCUUUUUCACCAGGCAGUGUCUUCUAUACAUAGCAAUCUAUAAAAUCACUGACAUGUUUAUCACAUUUUCAUUUAAAGCAUAGCUGUGCUUCUGGCACAACAUGACAGAGUUUCUCACAGUUAUUCUAGUUACUGCUCCUCUGAGAUUUCAGAAGAGGCUGGCUGAUCCAUGACACAAUCUACAAACAAAAGAUUGUCCAUGCUUCAAGUAAAGGAUCCUCAUUUUAAAUGCAGUAGUUUUGAUUUGAAAAACACUUGUAUGAACAUGUCAUUCAAUUAGAAUUGGCAGCUCUCUCCCUUUCUGCUUCUGUGUCUUUAACAGCAGCUUACUGCUCUGCAAACAUGAGCAUGUGAGAACACUUAUGUUCACAUUGUGAAAUGCUUCAGUGGUAGAGCUUGGAAAAGUUACUUUUUUGAACUACAACUCCCAUCAGCCCCAGCCAGCAUGGCCACUGAAUUGGGCUGAUGGGAGCUGUAGUUCAAAAAAGUAACUUUUCCAAGCUCUGUGUGGCUGGUUCCUGUAGCUGAAGCUGCUGCAAAGGGAAAGGGGCAGGCCUGGGGGUACUUUUCUAGUCAGUUGAAACCACUACAUUCAACUGCCUCAGUAUGCAGAUUUGAUGUAAAUUAUUUCUGUCCCUGUUAUUUCUAUGUCCCUGUAACGAUCGGAAAAGCAAACUGUUGCCCUGGUUGCAUUGCCUUUAGCACGACUUUGUUACCAUUCUAUCCAUUAUUAUGACCAUAUCUCUGGCAAUACUUAUUCAUAUGCAAGAGUUUUCAGUACUAAGCUACUCAUUGGACUGCCAAAUUUCAUCUAUCAGGUUACCAUCUCCAUUCUGUAGCUCGGUGCCCAUUGUGACCAACUUGUGGCCUUUUCACAUGACCAUCCAGUAGGUCAUGGGCAUUUGAAAGCCUUGCACUCCUUGUAUGAGGCCAACCAGACAAAUACACCCACAUCUAUGUGCAAGAUUCCACUUUCAACUGCAUUAGGAAACACUAAAAAAAUUAUCUUUGUAGUUAGACAAAAGUUGAAUCCUCCUGGGGGUGGGGGCCAGGUACAGCUAUGGGAAGGAAGCCAACAUGUGCAGGUUUUUCAAGCAGUUUCCAAUAGUUGCCAUAUGCCAAAUGGUUAUGUGAAUAGACCCUAGAAUGUCUCAUUUGAAAUAUCACUAAAUGGUGCUUCACCCAGUACUCAAAGGGUUUUUGUGAUUUACUUUUAUUAUAGAAUGCAUUUACUACUUUAUUUACUCACCUACAAUGCACAGUAUUAGCUAUGUUAUUAUGGCACAGCCAUUCACAUACAAUGCAUAUGCCUUAAGGUCAGCUGCAAUAAAUAGCCAUGAAUUGUAUAUUAAAAUGUAUAUACAAAUCAGAGCCUUUAAUUUUAUAAUUUAUUAAAG